AUGCAUUUACCUAUUCCUGUCUUUUAUUAUUUUAAUUGCAUAAGCCAUAAAUACACACUGAGCAUAGCAUAUAUAUGUAUACAUAUAUAUAUGAAAAGACAAACGAAUGUAUUCUGUAUGAAAAGGUGGUCACCACAACCCGUUCGUUGGAAAGUGUGCUUCCGGGUAAAGACCAAAAUCGCGAAAAUACUAUUUAUUAGAACAAACAACUGCUGCCAAUAUGGGGAGUACAUAAUCACAGGAGUGUGGAAAGGAUCCGUGAAGUGGUGGAACGCGUGUCAUAUAUAUGUACGUAUGAUGGCUAGUACAUCUAAUGAUGAGGAAAAGUUGUUAUCAAUGACUGAUAAGUACUUCAUUGAGCAAAGAAAUAUAGUGUUGCAAGAGAUCAACGAGACUAUGAACUCGAUCUUGAAUGGUCUGAACGGUCUUAAUAUAUCGUUGGAAAGUUCAAUAGCUGUGGGGAGAGAAUUUCAAUCCGUUUCAGACUUGUGGAAAACAUUUUAUGAUGGAUUAGAGAGCAUACCUGACGAAGUGCCCAUUGACGAGCAACCUACAUUAUCUCAACCAAAAACAACGACAAAGUAG